UCCUCAUCCACAACGAACCAUAAAAGAUAUUCAAACUCAACACUCUCAUCCACUCACUCAAAUUUUCUCAAUGGCUCUCACCAUAAGCAACAAUGGAGGAGGAGGCAGAAUCCUCUACAUCACCCGCACAGUAAAUCCUCUCCGUCGCCACGUCAUCUUCUUCCCCACCUCGACCUCGACCUCGCCUACUCAAGCUCCUACUCCUACUCGUCUCGUAGUCUCGGCUGCCAAGAAGCUCUCUUCUCGAACCGGACGCUUCGACAGCAAGAAGCGGAGGAGCGGCGGCGCAACCACCACGGAAGAGCAGCAAGAACGGACGAGUGAACCACAAGAACGGAGGCUUCAGAUUGAAGAUGAGAGCGUUGGUAAUAUUAGUAAAAUUGAAAACGUUGGCGUGAGUGUUGAUGAUGGGCUUGUUGUGCCGGAUCUUCCAGGUGAAAAACCCGACUUCUGGGAGGGUUCUCAGUGGGACGGGUUUGGUUUCUUUAUGCAAUACAUGUGGGCUUUUGGCAUCGGCUUUGCGCUAAUUGCAUGUGGUAUUGCUGUGGUUACAUACAAUGAAGGAGCAACAGAUUUUAAGGAGACACCUGCGUAUAAAGAGUCGGUUCAAUCUCGAGAGCUUUUAGAAGGACCUGAGGCAUCCGAUUCAGAUGUCUUCGAGUCCAACCCAACAGAGGUAGCGCCUAGUUUGGAUUAGUCAUCCUUCAAAUGACUGGAAUAGAAAUUGUAUUCCAGACACGAUAUAGUUCUAGGCGAAAGAAAAUCCCAAUUGAAGGCAUUGCCCUCAAUUUAUAAGGUAAUGUUUGUAAUUUAUCUUCUCAGAUGUAUCUUAACAUAUUAUCACAUGUUGAUACAAAAAGAUAUGCUAUUGUGCAUUAUAUUACCGGCAAAUUGCCUAGACGUCCAUCAA